GUACAAGUAUUUGCUUCACUAUCUUCUUUGGCAGAAGCCAAUAUAGUAAUGGCAAUAGUCAAUCGUGUCAACCAAUUUGAAAAGGCGCUCAAAAUAUAUUGAAAUGACUUGAUUUCUUUUUACUGACCGCUCUAAGCUAAGUUAGGGUUUGUGAUUUCAAUACAGAUAAAAGUUAGGGUUUUUGGAGACUGAUUGGGCUCCUCAUGGAUCGGCUUCGGCCUAGGGAGAGAAAGGUCGUCCCUGGCUUCACAGAAGCUGAGGAGCGUUGGAUUUUGGACUGUUACAGCGAUGAGUUCCUGGUUUCAUCUUGCAUUGUGCAUGGGUUUGUGGAAUUGUGACAAUGCACUAGGUUGUGGCCUCUGAUUAGGAGUGAAAUGCAAGUAUUUUGAUUAAUCAUUCUAAAUAUUAUACAGCUUAGUAUUCAUAAAUCUGCGAACAACCGUGGUCAUGAUGCCCUGUUAGAUUUAUUUAGUCUUAUACUGAUGAUGAUGAUGAUGAUAUAUAUAUAUAUAUAUAUAUAUAUAUAUAUAUUACAUUAGAUGUAUAUUGAAAUGAUAUGAAGAUUAGAUGCACUAAAUAUUACAUUAGUUUCAUGAGUAUGCGAAAGAAAAAUGUACGUGAAAGUUGAUAUCUAUUUAAUCCCCAAAUUGCAGUCUUUAAUUGGCAGGGAAUGGGGGCAUUGGUGAAGCAUUCGUGUCAUGUGCAAGUUCGAAUUAUUAGUUCAACUCUUGGAGAAAUAUUAUAUAACUUAGUAUUCAUAAACCUGUGAAAAACUGUGGGUCAUGACAUCAUGUUAGACUUGUUGGUUCUAUACUGGUGAUAUAUAUAUAUAUAUAUAUAUGGGGUUUAUAAUUCAUUGUGCAAUUUUUUAUUGGUUAUUCAUUGUAAACACCUGAAUGAUAGCUUAUUGCCUUCUUGUUUGCAGGGAAUGGAGAUUUUUUAUUAAUCAGUUAUAUCAUGCAAAAUUUGAAAGCUUAGAUGAAACUUUUAGUUAAUUAUACACGGAUAUAUGAAAAAAUGCAUUUUAGAAAGAAAAAAAAAUGCAUUUUUAGGAAAAAAAAAAAAUGCGUGAAAAAAUUGUAAUGGGUAUAUUAGAUUAAUGCUUGUUAAUUUUAUGUUUAAAUAUUAUUUGGUUUUUGUCUUAUUGUGAAUUAAUUUGUUGGGUUAUGAUUGUAUUGUGAUGACACUAAUGGUUUCAAAUUGGGAAUGAAACAUGGGAUUGGUUAAUCACUCUAUUCUUGUACAGAUUUGACAAAUCAUCUCCCAGUUCCCACUUUUGUAUUCAAGGGUCUGUAGGAAUUUGCAUAUGGGAAUGUUAGACUCGUCUUAUACUGAUGCAUUUUUUGUUUUAUGAUAUAAGGUGCGGAAAUGGAAAUGCACUAAUUGUAGCCUGACUAGCAGGGACUGUGAGUGUUGUUUAAUCAGUCUCUCAUACACAAUUUGCAACGUACAUUUAUCUGAUUUCAGCUUUUUUCUCUUUGGUCAGUGAAAAAGUGUGCAGGAACAUUAUGAUGCAUCCUUUGGUUUAUGGCAUAAUGUACGCAAAUUUAUUUGGCUGUGGUUGUAAUAACCUUAUUUUACUGAUGAUUAACAUUGAAGUUUGGGGGUAUGAGUAAUAAAAAGAGAUCCUUUAAAAGUUUGAAUGAUUACCUAGACUAUUUUGCUUAAAAUUUCUUAAAUUAGUUGAAAGUGCAAUGCAAUUAAUUGUAGGAAGGGACUUUUGUUUCACUACUUAUCUUUUUUGUCAUUAACCUGUGUAUGAAUUUGAUUUGACUUCCAAUUUUAUGAACUUCCUUCUUUGGGUGUUUAUUAACUCUCGAAGAGGGGGAAUUGCUUGAGCAUGUUAACAUAUUAACUCUCCUGUUGAUUUCAAUUUUAUUCUUUUAGCCAUUAGCAAAAUUGCAUGCUUAUUGGCUGUAAUUUGUAUAAAAACUUGGACAUCACGUCGUAAAGUUGAUCAUCAAUUUUGCUUUUGCUGACUACUGUUUUACUUUAAGAGGCAUGAUGCAACAUUAUUUGCUCCCUUCAACACAAACAGAUUGAGAGAAUGGAUAAAUUAUACAAGGAAUCAGGUAACCAGUCUCUGGAUCGUGAAUUCUAUAGAAGAGUUGCACGCAAUUUCAAUUCUUCUAAAGGCCGUGCUGGGAAACCUCUAGUAAAAUGGAUUGAGAUAGAAAGUUGGUUCCAGAAGAGGCAGCGAGACUGCCUACCUAGGGAUGCUUCUUCACCUAAUCCUCCCAAGAAAUUGUCUGUUUCCCCAGAAGUUUGCCCUGCGAAGAAAGCACACAGUGAUUCUCAAAUCGAUAAAGAUGCUUCAAUUGAUGCAGGACAAAAUGUUCCAGAUCUUUCAGAGUUGGAAUUUGAGGCUAGGUCAUCAGAAGAUGGGGCAUGGUAUGAUGUUGAUACAUUUAUUGGCCACAGAUGUCUUGGUUCAGGUGAAACUGAAGUUCAUGUAAGAUAUAUUGGGUUUGGGUCUGAGGAGGACGAGUGGGUAAACGUGAAAAAGAAUGUGCGUGAACGCUCCAUUGCAUUGGAGCACUGGGAGUGCCAGAAAGUGAAAGUUGGAGAUCUCGUACUCUGCUUCCAGGAGAAGAGUGAUCAAGCAAGAUAUUAUGAUGCUCACGUUCUUGAAAUCCAACGUAGAUUGCAUGAUAUAAGGGGCUGCAGGUGCCUUUUCUUGAUUCGAUAUGACCAUGACAGUUCCGAGGAAAAAGUUCAUUUGAGGAGAUUAUGUUGCCGGCCAAAAUACGAGGGCACUUUUUAAGCAAUCUUCAAAAUUUUGGUCACCUUCGAUCUGGUAUCUCGUUUUUACCUAUACACAGAACUGGUUGCAUGGAUGAUGACCCGAUAGUCAGGCACAACGCUUGGUGACAUUAUACAGAUCGGAUGAAAUUUUUUGUUGAUUUCUGCUGUAGAAUCGGGUAUUAUUAUUAUCCAUUGGGCAAUCGUUUUUCGGUUUUUACUGAACUCAUUACCAUGCUGCUUCCUUAUAAAAUCAUGUGACAGGAAAGUGUAUUAUAUAAUACUUGUCCUCAAAUGCAUUGCGUGGUGAGGAGCACACUCUUUCUCAUUUAUUCGUAUGCAGUACUUACAGAAAAAGACUUUGCAACAUUAGUAAGAAAUGAACAUAGAAUCGAAUUAAUUCAGCA